GGCAACAAAAGCAGUCUAUGGACAACAGACAGUAGCGCAGCUAGACAGCUGGUGGGAUAAGCCCUCGGCCUCUCAACCCUUCAAUAUAUUUAUAGCUACCAUUAAUAAAGGGAGAUUCCAGGAGUUUAGGUUCCAGAGACGAAUCCACUAUAGAGCAAAAACGAUUUGCUACAGUGCUGUGUAUUCAACAUUAAUUAAAGGACCAGUCACCACCUAGCAGAGAUGGCCCAGGAGACCAAUCAGAGCCAAGUGCCCAUGCUCUGCACCAUGGGCUGCGGUUUCUACGGCAACCCCCGGACCAGCGGCAUGUGCUCAGUUUGUUACAAGGAGCACCUGACCAGACAGAACAACGGGGGCGUGAGCCCCCUCAGUGCCAUGGGUGGUAGCGCGUCCAGCAGCCCCACGGCCGAGGCUGCAGCCUUCCAGAGAAUAGAGGCCACCCUGAACAACGCCGUGGCUGCCGCUGCUGCAGAGGCCGCCAGUGGAGCUGCCGCUGCGGCUGCCGCAUCACUUCCUGUCACCCAGCAGAUGACGGAGAUGAGCAUUUCCUGUGAGGACGAGGCGUCGUCGCCCGCAGCAGAGCUGGCAGGACCUGUAGUGACCCAGCCCACGGCGUCGACCUCCCCCCCCGGGGGGUCGGGCAGCGAGGAGCCCAGCCCCCUGGAGCCCCCCAAACCCAAGAAGAACAGGUGCUUCAUGUGCCGCAAGAAAGUCGGCCUGACAGGGUUUGACUGUCGCUGUGGUAACCUGUUCUGCGGGCUGCACCGGUACUCCGACAAGCACAGCUGUCCCUACGACUACAAGGCCGAGGCGGCUGCCAAGAUCCGCAAGGAGAACCCAGUGGUGGUGGCAGACAAGAUCCAGAGAAUAUAAGACUCUGUGUGUGUGUGUCUCCUCCGCGGAGCUCUCACCCUCAGCAGGCUGCAGCUUCACUGGCCUGGAACAAACAUGGACUCGCUCUCAACCUGCGUUUUCUAAAGGACUAGAUUUUUUAAAUGACCGUUGGUGGGUCGGGGAACAAGAGCGGUCGGGGUGGGGAGGGGGGUGUUAUCCUGUUCUACAGUGCAUGAACCAUCACAUCUAGCUUAUUUUUUUUUUUGCUGACAAAAAAAUGGCGAUUUACGAAUGUUUUUAAAAGAAGAUAUGCGAUGUAGGCAACGGGUUUUUUUGGGGAGGGGGGGGUGGGUUGCUGGCAUAACUGUAGUGUUUCGGGGGGGUGGGCGGGGCCUGACAGGGUGUCUGAUUUAUUGUCCAAUAGACGAUCUGGUGUGUCGUGAUUGUCAUGAGUUUACUUUGUGGCUGUCUAUUUCUAUGUGUCAGAGUUGGGAGGAGGAGAGGCAGGAGGAGAGGGUUACGUGUCUCCUAAGGGACUGGAAGACUGUUUCAGCCCUGGCCUCCUCCUCUCUCCUCCAGUCUCGUCUGUUUCAGCCCUGGCCACCUCCUCCUCCUCUCUCCUCCAGUCU